AUGGACGGAGACGGUGACCCAGGGAGCGUGGGCCAGCCGGAGGAGGUAAGCCCGGAGGAGCAGCAGGAGGAGGCGUGCGCGGAGGAGGCGAGCGGCGGGGAGGAGCGGCCGGAGGAGGAGGGGGAGGAGGAGGCGGCGUACCUAGACGAGCUGCCAGAGCCGCUGCUGCUGCGUGUGCUGGCCGAGCUGCCGGCCGCUCAGCUGGUGCAGGCCUGCCGCCUGGUGUGCCUGCGCUGGAAGGAGCUGGUGGACGGCGCCCCCCUGUGGCUGCUCAAGUGCCAGCAGGAGGGGCUGGUGCCCCAGGACGGCCCCGAAGACGAGCGCGACCACUGGCAGCAGUUCUACUUCCUGAGCAAGAGGCGGCGCAACCUGCUGCGCAACCCGUGUGGGGAAGAGGACUUGGAGGGCUGGUGCGACGUGGAACACGGUGGGGACGGCUGGAGGGUGGAGGAGCUGCCCGGAGACUGCGGGGUGGAAUUCAUCCACGAUGAGAGCGUCAAGAAGUACUUCGCCUCUUCCUUCGAGUGGUGUCGCAAAGCGCAGAUCAUUGAUCUGCAGGCUGAGGGCUACUGGGAGGAGCUACUGGACACCACUCAGCCGGCCAUCGUGGUGAAGGACUGGUACUCGGGCCGCAGAGACGCCGGCUGCCUGUACGAGCUCACGGUGAAGCUGCUGUCGGAGCACGAGGACGUGCUGGCCGAGUUCAACAGCGGGCAGGUGGCAGUGCCGGCGGACAGCGACGACGGUGGCUGGAUUGAGAUCUCCCACACCUUCACCGACUAUGGGCCCGGCGUCCGCUUCGUCCGCUUCGAGCACGGGGGACAGGACUGCGUCUACUGGAAGGGCUGGUUCGGGGCCCGGGUGACCAACAGCAGCGUGUGGGUGGAGCCCUGA